UUACACACAAACAUAAUAACAAUAACGAUAAAGGGGGAGAGAAAAGAGAAAUAAAAAUUUUAUUAAAAGUUAAAACAUAAUCAUGGCGCCUGUAGACAACUCACCAACAAGCAACAUGGGUGAUUUUGAAUUAAUAACAUCAACAAAAUCAAAUGAUACAAUUCCAGUACAUAAAUAUAAAUCAACUAAAACAGGUAUAACUGUUGUUAUUGCUGAAGUUGAUGGACCAGUUGUUGGUGGAUAUUUUUGCAUUCCAACUGAGACAUUUGAUAAUGAUGGUUUACCACAUACCCUGGAGCAUUUAAUAUUUUUGGGAAGUGAAGAAUUUCCAUACAAAGGUGUACUUGAUUUAUUGGGUAAUAGAUGCCUUGCAUCUGGUACAAAUGCAUGGACAGAUACUGAUCAUACAAAUUACACAAUGACAACUGUUGGAAGUGAAGGAUUUUUAUCAUUAAUGCCAAUAUAUCUUGAUCAUAUACUAUUUCCAAUUCUAUCAGAUGCUGGUUUUUUAACCGAGGUACAUCAUAUUAAUGGUGAUGGUGAAGAUGCUGGUGUUGUUUAUUGUGAAAUGCAAAAUCGUGAAAAUGGAGGUGAAGAACUUGCCCUCAAAGAGCUAAUAAGAAUAUUAUAUCCUGGUAAAUGUGGUUAUAAAUCAUGUACCGGUGGUAUUAUGGAAAAUUUACGUGAAAGUACAUCAAAUGAAAAAGUACGUGCAUAUCAUCGUGAUUAUUAUAGACCAGAAAAUUUAACAAUAAUAAUAACUGGUAAAGUACAACAUGCUGAAGUAUUUAAAUCAUUACGUUCACUUGAAGAUAAAAUAUUAAAAAAAGGUAAUCGUGGUAAAUUUGAACGUCCAUGGCAAUCACCUGUACCAGAAUUUAAAGAAGAAAUUGAAAGCAAUAUAUUAUAUCCAUGUGAUGAUGAAGACAAUGGUUUAAUUAGAGUUGGAUGGAGAGGACCAUCUGGUGUAAGUGAACUAUAUGAUUUAACUGGUUGUUCAUUGUUACUUAAAUAUUUAACAGACAAUUCAGUUAGUCCAUUGAAAAAAGAAUUUGUUGAAAUUGAUGAUCCAUUUGCGUGUAAUGUUGAUUUUGGUCUUGUUGAAAAUUCAGUAUCAUUGCUUUAUUUAGUAUUCAGUGGUGUACCAAUACCAAAAAUUUCAUCAGUUAAAAAAUAUUUAAUUGAUGUAUUAAAUGAUAUUUAUAACAAUGAAAAUGGUAUUGAUAUGAAAAGAAUGUCAAUUGUUAUACAUAGACAUCAACUUGAAACACUUAGUAAUUUAGAAAAUAUGCCACAUGAUUCAAUUGCAUUUAUGCUUAUUGGUGAUGCACUUUAUGGACGUAAUAAUAAAGAUUUAGAGCAACGUUUAAAUUUAAUUAAUGAUUUAAAAAAAUUGGCUAAAGAACCAUUGUCAUAUUGGAAAAAUUUAUUAAAACGUUAUUUACUUGAUGCACCAUGUGGUAUUGUUAAUGCAAAACCAAGUAUUGAAAAACAAAAAGAAAUUGAAGCUAGUGAAAAAAAACGUAUUAGUGAAAGAAAAGAAAAAUUAGGUAAAAGUGGUCUUGAAAAAGCUGAAUUAGAAUUACAAAAUGCAAUUGCACAAAAUGAAAUUGAAAUACCAGAAGAGCUAUUAACAUGUGUACCAGUACCAGGUACAGAUACUAUUAAUUUUCAUAAUGUACGUAGUUUUUUUACUGGUAAUGAAGAACAACAUUCACGUUUUGAUGUUAAUAAGCUACCAUUAUACACAUGUCUAGAUCAUGUUAAUACAAAUUUUGUAUAUAUAUUUGUUGUUAUGGAUACAUCAUCAUUGUCAAAAAAUUUAAGACCAUAUUUACCAUUGAUACUUGAGGCAAUUGGUGAAUGUCCAAUUGAACGUGAUGGAAAAUUAAUUCCAUAUGAAGACAUUGUUGCUGAAAUUGAGAGUGAUACUAUUGCUGUUGGUACCAAAACUGGAUUUGAUAAUACGUCAAGAUAUUCAUGUGGUAUAUUCAGUCACAAUAUAACACUAAUAUUACAAAUUGAAAUGUCAAAAUACAACAAAGGUAUUCAAUGGAUUAAAGAACUUCUUUAUGAUACUAAAUUUACUGUUGAAAGAUUAAAAAUUAUUUCUCAAAAAAUGAUCAAUGAAAUAACACAAUUGAAGAAACAAGGAAAUGGAAUUGUUAAAAGUUUGAUGAAAGGAUUGAUGUAUGAUAAAGAUAGUAAUCAUUUUAAUGCAAGUCCACUUAGACAGCAACAAUUUUUGACAGAAUUAAUUGAACGUUUAUCAACUGAUGAUGGACAAAAGCAAAUAUUAAAUGACGUUGAAGAAAUAAGAAAAAUUUUAACAGAUGGAAAAAAUAUUAUGUGUCAUAUUGCAUCAAAUGUUGAUAAAUUAAGUAAUCAAGUUACUGAUCUCUACACACCAUGGGAUAUAUUAAAAAUUGGAAAUAUUGAAAAGAAAAUGCUUGAAGUAAUACCAGAUUGGAAAUUAUUAAAACCAUAUAAUGAAAUUAAAAUUAAGGGAUCAGUUCUUGGACUUGGUUGUGUUGAUUCAGCUUAUUCAUUACAAUGUGCACCUUGUAUCAAUGAUUAUAAGCAUCAAGAUUUACCAACACUUCUUGUUUGUCUUCAGUAUCUUACUCAGCUAGAGGGACCAAUGUGGAAACAAGUUCGUGGUCAAGGAUUAUCAUAUAGCUAUAAAAUAUUUGCCAGUCCAAAUGAGGGAUUAAUUUAUUUAACAUUCUUUGGAGCUACAAAUAUAGUUGGAGCAUAUAAAGAAACUAAAAAAAUUAUCGACAGCCAUUUGAAAGAAAAAAAUUGGGAAAAAAUAUUAUACGAGACAGCAAAAGCUUCAUUGAUAUUCCAAAUUGUUGAUAGAGAAGCAUCUGUUGGUGAUGUUGUAUCACAAUCAAUAUUGUCAUAUUUUAAAAAUGUAUCACAUGAUUAUAAUCGUCAAAUGGUACAAAAAGUACACAGUGUUGAUAUUAAUGAUUUGGAUCGUGUUGCUAAUAAAUAUCUCAAGCCAUUAUUUGAUCCUGAACAAUGCAAAGCAUCAAUUGUAUGUCAUCCAUCAAAAGUUACUGAAGUUUCUGAUGCUUUUAAAAGCUACAGUCAGAACCUUGAAGUCUACACUUCUCUUGAAAGCAGUUAUCUCAACGACUGGUAAUCAUCGAAAAUUGUUCUGUUUCUUUAUUUUUUUUUAAAUUUAAUUUCCAAAUAAAAAAAACAAGAAAUAAAAACAACGACAAUUAUCGAACAAAUUAAAAAAAACCGGAAAUUAUUUUUACAUUAAAUUCAUUCAAUGUCACGUAUUUUUUUUUUUUUGAAAAUAAACAAAAAAUAAAUAAUAAAAAUCACGUGUGCCAUUUGUCACAAUACAAACGUGCGUGUUUAUAA